AUGAAUUUAAUAAAGGGAUACUGGGAAGUACCAGUAACUGAGAGAGUCAAAGAAAUGUCAGAAUUUGUAACUAUGGAUAAUCUAUACCUGUAUAAAGUGUUACCAUUUGGUAUGAAAAGCAGUAGUAGUACAUAUCAGAGACUAGUUAACCAACCAGGUAUUGUAUUUUGUAAAAACUACUCAACUCCCUUGACCGAUUUAUUGUCAGAGAAAGUCAAAUUUAUGUGGAGUGCUCAGGCUGAUGAAGCCUUUAGGAAACUGAAACAGAUACUUGUUAAGUUAAGUAAUGAGAAAAAUGGAGUAUUGUCAUUGCUCACAGCCAUCGAGACCACAUGUCCAGAAACUAUCAUUUCAGAGUGA